CACCACAGCCGUCAGCGUUUGCCGCAUCCUUAGACUCACUCUGGACCAGCCGCAGUCACAGCUGCAGGACCUCUCUGGACCAGCUCGGUCGCAGACUGCGCAAUCACCAGACCACUGCGGCAAACCAGCCCAGCCGAGCCGAACGCUAGCCAUGGCCGACCCCGAGAAGCAGGGACCCGCUGAGAGCCGCGCCGAAGACGAGGUAAUGGAGGGCGCCCAGGGUGGCGAGGAUGCGGCAACCGGCGACAGUGCCGCUGCGCCCGCGGCCGAGGAGCCUCAGGCUCCCGCGGAGAAUGCGCCCAAGCCCAAGAACGACUUUAUCGAGAGCCUGCCCAAUUCCGUCAAGUGCCGGGUCCUGGCGCUCAAAAAGCUGCAGAAGCGCUGCGAUAAGAUCGAGGCCAAAUUUGACAAGGAGUUCCAGGCUCUGGAGAAGAAGUACAACGACAUCUACAAGCCCCUGCUUGCCAAGAUCCAGGAGCUCACCGGAGAGAUGGAGGGCUGCGCGUGGACCCUGGAGGAAGAUGAUGACGACGACGAGGAAGAAGAGGACGAGGAGGAGGAGGACGAAGAAGAGGCGGCAGCUGGCGCAACUGGGGGUCCCGACACCGGCAAGAAGUAAACACAGCGGCUGACAGAUGCCAAAAGACGUUUUUAAGAAAAGGCUAAUUAAGCUUAUUUUUUUUCUCCCUGCUCUUCUGUGAGAACUGGACUUGAGACUGAUGAGAGACGGUCAGUUAAAUGUGAAGUGCGUCACACGUUGAAAUCCAUUCAUCACACUACACCUGAACACCCAAGCUAAGACUGAACUCUUCUCCAUGCUUAAUUUCUUCAGUUUCUUUCCAUUUCUCAGCGUCGAGGAAAAGGAACCUAAGGAAGACGUCAUCUUUAAGACUUUUGCGUUUGCAAACCUAGACAUCAGCUUUACACUCUUGAGGAGACGUGGCAUGGAGGAAGCCUGGACAGAGUGACACUACUGGCUAGGGAAACUGGAAUUUAAAGUUAUAGAAACUGUUUUGAAUAUCUGAAUUUAAGAAAGAACAUGGUUGCAAGACAGAGGGUGUAUUACAUGUAUAAUAUUGUCAACACGUGCUCACUUGUUGUCUCAUGUUUUCGGUUCUCUUGGUAGUGUUUGUUUAUGAAAUCGUAAAAAUUACCCCAAAAUGUUUUAAGUAGUAAACCACCUUUUAGCAUUUUAGAAAUAUAAUUUACUUGAAGAGAUGUAGAAUGUAGCAAUUCCGUAAAGCAUGUGUAUCCAGUGUUGCGUAGUUUGACCUUUGUGAAGUCUUUUUGUCUUGUAGCUUUUAGCAAGUAGCUGUGAAAACCAUCAGAACCCCUCAAUGAAGCUAAUGUUUGGAAAAAAUAUAUACUUGAAGAAUCAAUCCAAGUGUGUAUCCCCACCCCCAGCUCAGAAAUAGAAAGGGUUUAAGUUUGCUUGUAUUUGCUGUGCCUUCAUUAUUUUGCUAUGUAAAUGUGACUUAUUAAAUGGUGCAUAAUCAUUUUUAUUGCUUAAUUAAGGAAGAAGGACAUAUAGGAAGGACUUCUGGGGAAGGACAUUUAAUGUAAAGGCCUUUAGCUUCUUUGUGGGUUUUGAAUUAUCUGUGAAUCAAUGUUCUGUAAGAGUACAAACAUAAAGUUGUUUACCACUGUGGUGUUAACAAAACAGUAUUUUCAAAAAUAAAAAGACUUGUUAUUCUGAC